AAAACUAGCUCAGCAAUGAUAGAAGCAAAAUCUAAACUCUGGGAGCCUGUUGAUCUAUCAGAAGAUACUAACUUCUGUAAUAUAUAUAUAUGCUAUAUUAUAACAGAAGUAUUUGAAAGUUGUCAUUCAAAGCUUAAUCAAGAAUUUGCUAUUGCAGUAAUCGAUAUGAUGUUUGAUCCUACCAUCACAACCACUUCUCUUACUGAGGAAUAUAAGAGUGAUUUUGAUUAUUGUCAUGAGCUUUCACUUCUCGAUACACCCUCCUCUGUAUAUUAUAACGAUAAUGAUUAUACUGAUAUAUAA